AAGUCACGGCACCGGAGUCUGUGGCAGCACACCGGCCGGACUGGUUCACGUAGAAGCAGGUGAUAAUGUCUCCCCCGUGCAUGUGCUCUCAUAAUUUCAUUCCUUGAGACGCAUCAUUUCAGCAAAAGGACGACUUAUAUUCCACACUGACAUUUGGUGAUAAUGAGGAAAUAAACCACUUCCUGAUCACUCAACCUCUACAAACUGUCUCAAACCCCACGGGCCCUUGAACCCAAACAUCUUCAAACUCGCAGCUUUGCACAGUCAAAGUUCCAGAAAGUGACUUUUCCCAGACGCCGGCCCUGCCCUUCCAGCCUGCCAACUAAAAAGACGUUCCACCCCUCGCCCUUGUUUGAUUUAUCAAAUGCCCAAAAACAGCAAGGCCGUCAAGAGAGAGCUUGACGACGAUGUCACAGAGUCUGUCAAAGACCUGCUUUCCAACGAGGACGCCUGUGACGAUUCCUUCAAGAAGAGCUCGUUGAUCGUCAACAACCAUGAAGGGGAAAGGAAAGAGUGCGAUGUGGAGGAAGGGGGCUCGGAUGGAGAAGAGGAGGAACGCCCGGCCUGGAACAGCAAGCUCCAGUACAUCCUGGCCCAGGUUGGCUUCUCUGUAGGCCUGGGAAACGUCUGGAGGUUCCCCUACCUGUGUCAGAAGAACGGAGGGGGAGCGUACCUGGUGCCCUAUCUCAUCCUGCUGAUAUUGAUUGGGAUCCCGCUGUUCUUCCUGGAGCUCGCCGUGGGACAGCGGAUCCGCAGGGGCAGCAUCGGAGUGUGGAACUACAUCAGCCCUCGGCUGGGGGGCAUCGGCUUCGCCAGCUGUGUGGUGUGCUUCUUCGUGGCUCUCUACUACAAUGUCAUCAUCAGCUGGAGUCUCUUCUAUUUCUCCCAGUCCUUCCAGCAACCUCUGCCAUGGCAUGAGUGCCCACUCAUCAAGAACAAGACCAGUACAUAUGUGGUGCCCGAGUGUGAGAAGAGCUCGGCUACCACCUACUACUGGUACCGCGAGGCCUUGGACAUCUCCGACAACAUUUCUGUGGGUGGAGGACUCAACUGGAAGAUGACCGUGUGCCUGCUGGUUGCCUGGUCUAUUGUUUGUCUCGCCAUGAUCAAGGGAAUCCAGUCUUCUGGGAAGGUGAUGUACUUCAGCUCCCUGUUCCCGUACGUCGUGUUGAUUUGCUUCCUGGUUCGGGCUCUGCUCCUGAAGGGCUCCGUGGACGGGAUUCGACACAUGUUCACACCCAAGUUGGAGAUCAUGUUGGAGGCCAAGGUGUGGCGAGAGGCGGCCACGCAGGUCUUCUUCGCCCUGGGCCUCGGCUUCGGCGGCGUCAUCGCCUUCUCCAGCUACAACAAGCGGGACAACAACUGCCACUUCGAUGCCGUCUUGGUGUCUUUUAUUAAUUUCUUCACCUCCGUGCUGGCCACCCUGGUAGUGUUUGCAGUGCUGGGCUUCAAAGCCAACAUAAUGAACAGCAAAUGUGUCGCACUAAACACCAACAAGAUAGUGUCGUUGUUGGGGAAUGGCAUUGAACCAAGCCUGAUCCCCCACCACAUCAACCUCACUCACGUCAGCCAGGUCAGUGCUGAGGACUACAAACAGAUGAUCACUGUCCUCGAAAGGGUGAAGGAGGGCCAGUUCCACACGCUGGGACUGGCGUCCUGCAGCAUUGAGGACGAGCUGAAUAAGGCGGUCCAAGGCACAGGCUUGGCCUUCAUUGCCUUCACAGAGGCCAUGACCCACUUCCCAGCAUCGCCCUUCUGGUCCGUCAUGUUCUUCCUCAUGCUGGUUAACCUCGGCCUGGGCAGCAUGUUCGGCACCAUCGAGGGCAUCCUCACUCCGCUGGUAGACACUUUCAAAGUCCGCAAGGAAUUUCUCACAGUGGGAUGCUGCGCGUUGGCCUUCUCCAUUGGCCUCCUGUUUGUCCAGCGCUCAGGGAACUACUAUGUGACCAUGUUCGACGACUACUCGGCUACUUUGCCUCUGCUCAUCGUGGUCGUACUGGAGAACGUGGCCAUCGCUUGGGUCUACGGGAUUGAUAAAUUCUUUGAAGACCUGAAGGACAUGCUUGGCUUCACGCCGUACCGUUUCUACUACUACAUGUGGAAGUACAUCACACCCAUCCUGCUGCUGGUCCUCCUGUGCGCCAGCUUCAUCCAGCUGUCCAUGACGCCGCCCAGCUACAGUGCCUGGAUACAGGAAGAGGCCAAAGAGCAGACCUUGAACUUCCCUCCAUGGGGCAUCGUGGUCUGCAUCUCCCUGGUGGUGAUGGCCAUCAUGCCCGUGCCCGUGGUCUUUGGCCUGCGCUACUUCAACAUCAUCGACGACGGCCCUAGCGGCCUCUCCACCGUCUCCUACAAAAAGGGCCGCAUCAUCAAGGAGACCGCCCGGCCGGGUGAGGAUGACGACACCAGCCUGAUCCAAGGCAAGUCGCCCAGCGAGCAGCCCUCGCCGAUGCCCGGCAACAGCAUCUACCGCAAGCAGAGCGGCAGCGGUGGCCCCGACGCAGACACGGCACCCAACGGCCGUUACGGUAUCGGUUACUUGAUGGCCGACUUGCCGGAUAUGCCCGAGUCGGACUUAUAGACUGACUAUAGUAAGCCCUGCCCGGCCAUACCGGCUGGCCACUCUUCCCCUCCACCCCUCUGCGUGCGUUUAGUUGGCCGUAUCAUACAUGUAGAUUUCACUUGUACUGUAUAUUCUUUGUAGAUAACGUAGCUGCUCUUAUUUGUCGUCUCUGAACCUUAUAUUUAAAAAAAGAAAAGAAAAGAAAAAGGUGUGGGAAUAAAUCUCAUCAUUGUCUAACCCUUUACCCAUUUGCUUGGCUGCGUCCCAAACUCACCUCUAGCUCCUGCUCCCUCCGGCCUUUGCUCCCUCCUCCUUGUAGAUGCUACAGGGGAGAUGGAAGCAAUAAGGUGGACGAGUCCACCAGGCCUACUUGAACAAGAAUCUGCAAAGAGGAGUCUGCAAAAGGAGCGAGUUAGGGGUACCAAGAGGUCAUCUUGGGACUGCACCGGUGUCUGUGAGCUGUGUAAAUCAAGCCAGCUUCAAAUCCUGCUGUAAAAAAAACCGAUUGUGUAUAUUACGAUCCCUAACUGCUGUGCAAGUCUUGAGAUUAGUAGCAGUGCAAGACUUAAGAGAAAAGUUCAGGUCAACUUAGUUCAAACAGUGAGAGGAUGGCCUUUGAAAACCACUCCUAUGAUUGUUUCAGACAAAAGUGUGCCUAAGUCAUUUAUAUUUGUUUAUAGAAUACAUGAUGGACAUUGUAUAUUUAAAGGUAUUCUGUAAAUAUAAUAUAAAUAUUAUAAAUAUAUUUAUCUUGAUAGUUUGGAUAUCAGAACACCGUGUUUUUAAGGUUCAGAAGUACUUCAAAUCCUUAACUCGUGUCUUUGUUUUUUACUAAUGUGCUGUUAAUGUUUGUGAGGACUGAGUUCUCUUUGUAAAUAAUUUUUUCCAUGAAAUGGCUUCAAAUGCAAAUGUCUUUUUUUCCCUGUCAAGAUUAAAGAUCGAAUAUGGUCCAUAACCUGAAA